GAAAAAUCAUGACGCAGUUAGUUAAGAUAACUGACGACCUCGGUCUGUGGAGGUGGAAGAUAUCUCUACGGCCGAUAUCUCCAAAACUAGGCAACUCCCACACUAACGAUCUAGUUUGAUGAGGAAAACAGUGGUUUUACAUCAAUGGAUAGCUUGCCAUCCGACACUGACUGUCUUUACAUUGUUGGUACACGGGACAAAUGUGUAGUCUGUUAAGCCAGCAGGAGGAUCGCCUUCAGGCUGGAUAACUCUUGAGAGGCCACAUGGCUGUAGAAAAGAGCGAACCUGUGCUGUUUUGAUUCUGCCAACAUGCAUUUAUAACGCAGCUGUCCCUCAGCAAUUCCUCCUGCAGAUCAACGCCAAGAGGUGUACAGUGAAAACUUGGCAGGUGGUAGUGAGACUGGCGAGGUAAGGAGCGAUGCUCGCUGGCUAAAUAUGGAUUGACAUUGCCCAGUACAUUCGUACUUGAUCCUUCUGCAUGGCUCUCCAGUAUGUGGUGUCACAGGUACAGCACUCAGACGAGGGUUGUGAAUGAAACAGUCUAUUGCAUUAAGCCUACAGUCUACUUUAUUAAUCUAUUUUCAUUAUGUAUUCUGAGCUUUUGUUCCCAUUUUCCCCUCGAGUCAAACACAAAUAUUCCUGUGUUUUCUGGCCUCAUUAGCAUGGUACACAAAGAGGAUGAACUAGCUAUUGUCAUGACUAUUUCAAUGGCUGCUUUUAAAGCCAUCUCCCUGUUAUUGAGAACAGGCUGUUGAAUGUCGUCGUUGGGAAUAACCUGGCAGUGUUUCUAUCAUCUACCCCCUACUGGGAGGGUGUUUCAGGCUUGAACCCUGUUCUAUUCUUCUUUUUACUCUUUUCACCUCUUCUUCUCGCUUUCUGUCCUCCUGCGUGUUUCCUGAACCAUCUUCACGUUGAGCUCUGUGAUGCUUUAAAGCGUUGCAGUAAAACAGACCUUUACACCCUUUUUGAUUCAGCCGUCGGUCCUCGGGGUCCAAGUGCAAAAGAUACAACUGCCAUACUCGUUUGGCUGCGUUGUCCGGUGGUGGUUACAAGCUUUUUAGAGAUCGAGGGAGCGCGUGCAGAGAAACCUCCGUUGGUCAUGGACAGAGGGAAAGGCUUGUUGAACCAACAGGGCGCUGUGGUCGACUUUCAUUGCUCUGAGAAUCUGGGAAGCAGCUACCCGGUAGAGAGCAGUGGUGGCGGGCUGCCAGCCAAAGUGAAGAAAAGCCGGAGCAGCCCGGGCAACAGCAGCAUCAGGAAGGCGGAGACCAGGAAGGCCUUGAGUUUGGAGGCUGCCCUGCUCGAGCAACAUCACAAAACCCUCACCAGACAAGAAGCAAUCAGGUCGCAGACAUUCGAUGACGACAACAUCCGAGGCUUUGAGAGGACGGAAGGCACCGGAUCACAAAGUAGUUUCAUAAAGCACAACAAGACAUUCCACAAGUUAUUUCCAGACAUUCCUACAAGUGAAGACUUGAUACACGCAUACAUCUGUGCCCUGCAGAAAGAAGUGCCCUACCACGGUCGACUGUACAUCACCGACACCCAUGCCUGUUUCUACUCCUCGGUUCUGCUAAAGGACACUAAGGUUGUUAUUCCAGUUUCCUGCAUCCACAUCGUGAAGAAGCAGAACACGGCUUUACUAGUACCCAACGCCUUGUCCAUUCGCACCACAAAGGGAGACAAGUUCCUGUUUGUGUCGCUGCGUAACAGAGAGUCAUGUUAUCAGCUGCUGCAAUCCGUAUCUCCUCAGCUAGAGGAUGGCAGCACAAACAGCAGCCCCAUCUUCUCCUCAGCUGAGAACAGCUUUGAUAAGAUGAAACUUGUGACCUCCAGCCAGUCCAGUCUGGACGACAGCUUCUACCACUUCGAUAGCUCCGAGACCCAAUCUGUACAGGACCAGCCUCUGCACAGACCACACAGAGAGGCAGUGCCUGAUGGGAAUGACCCGACUUUCAGGAGCCUAUACAUGCAGCAGAGUGAUAGCUCAUCCUUUGAGGAGCUGUCAGUAUCGGGUUCAUGUAGAUCGUGGGUUUGGAAUGUGACCGAAAAGGCCAAGUCCCUGCUGGUUCAGAGAGAGGCCAGCACCCUCAACACUCUCCUCUUUAUUUACUUGAUUUUGGUGGUGCUGCUGCUGCUGUUGUCCGGUUACAUCGGUUUACGCAUCGUGGCCCUGGAGGAGCAGCUGACAUCGCUAGGAGCGCUGUCUCAGUUCCCUUUACAGAGCGGGUACCAGGACACAUAACACUCAGCGACCGAGGGAGAGACUUGGAGGAUUAUUUCGACCUCUUCCAGCAGAACGCAGCCGGGAGAAAUUUAAUAUACUCGAGGCUGUGCUGCUGGCGACGGGAACAAUGGCCGACCUGUGCAAUUUCAGAGACUACCUGUUAACUUGAAGGGCUACACCUCCUCCUCGUGCAGUAGACAAACGCACAUGCCACGACGUGCCAAAAAGCGCACAGACGCACUGCCCGGUUGCAGCGCGUCUGAAGUUCAAAACCAAAAGCCGAACGGCUCUAACUUCAGCAAUGUGCCACGCUUAGCCAAGUUGACGGGCGCUUUUCUUGACAGAAACUGUUCCACAUCUGAAGUUUAUGUUCCACAUCAUCCUUCACACAGACUCCUCUGCCGUGCGUGCAGUCUGAACAGGUCUAAACGGUACUUAUUUAUUGCACCUCGACACCAGAGACGUAGCGCUAUGCAUAACCAAAGAUGCACCAACAGUGCACGUCUUUUGCAUGAGUGCACGGAGAUGAUUUUCUACCUACCUGUCAAUUGAUCAGCUCGAUGCAUCCGUCUCUGUCCCUUCAGUUGUGUUGAGUACUUCUCUCUGAUUGGUUCCUGUCUUGAAAUGCUGAUCACUGAAACCUCAAAUGCAGAUCGUCCUGUGGAGGCUCGAUGCUCUCCUGAUGCUCUCAUCCUUUCUCUCUUUCUCCAAUCAGCGGCGAUCGCAGUAUCACUUUCCUCGUCUUUGGCAUGAUUUAAAACAAUUUAAUGAUCAAUGAUCAGAGGUUGCCCCCCCCCCCCUGCAGCCUGAACUGCGGAUGAAUGCAUAAUCAAUGCACAAAUAUUUAAUCCAACAGGACACGAGGAGGUUGUCUGAGGCAUCGGUAUGUUUUUGUGUACUGUUCUACGGCUUUGGUCUUCAAGAGUAGACUUAAAAUCUGUACUGUACUGUCCGUCAGUCGGGCCAAGUUGUGUUUAAACGUACAAACCUCUCUGUCUCUUCGACGGGCCUCUUGAAGACCAAAUGGCAAUUCUAGAAUUUUCAGGUUAUUUAAAGUGGCACAAACGAUGUAUUUCUAAUGUUCAUGCAUGUGUCUGCAAUACCGACACUUGACUGAUACUGUGUGUGCACAUUCUCGCUCCAGAAGAGGAGAUUUUGCAUCCACCCCUUGCUGUAAGGUCCAAGUUUUCAACAAGCAAAAGGAGAAAUUUCAAUAUGCAACAAAUUGUUAUGCAUGGCAAAAAAUGUAAUUUAUCUUUUGUGUGCUGUUUUUAAAAAAAAUGGGGCUUGAUGUUUAGUGGGGAAGAAAUUGUUUAAGAAAAAAAAAAAAAGUUGUUGAGUGAAAGCAACGGCUCAAUCGAGCGAGUGCACUUUAAAAAAUGUGUCACAGUCCGAGGCGUUGUGUUCGGGAUUGAAAAGAAAAAUGGCAAAGCUGGCGUUGUGUGGUAUCUGACGGUGCUAAGACCUUUUUUAAAACUGUUUUCACUCAGGGGUGGUGGGCACUACCCGCCACACGGUUCUUAGGUCAUCAUCUUUUCCUUUUUGUCAAUUUCAAAGUGCUUGUGAUGGGUUUCACAUUUCAUACGGCUUUGGCUUUGGUGAUUUCUCAAAUGUACAUUUUUGAGAAAGUACACUACUUGUCUUUGAGAUUCACUUGACUUUAUCCAUUCAGCUUCUCAGAAUGCUUUUUUUUUUUUUUUUUUUUUUUUUUUUCUCCCUCCCUCUUAUCACUGUUUUUAAACUAACCCGACCACGCAUAUCCACGUUGCAUCUCCAUGAUUUAACAUCACCCUCGUUGUGGAAGCUGUUCUCGACGAUGUGUAGCGAUAUGUUUACUUCUGCUCCAUCCCGUCUGUAGAGUCAUUCUUAUAUUCAGCUGAGGUUUUUGUUAACAUGCCAUAUACUGUACUGUCAGUUGUUAUGAUCCCCCCCACAAGGGGGUAGCACACACACAUCCACUGUCCUGGAUGCAAGAAGCUCCAUGAUGAGGGCAGCAUUUAUGUGGGUUUUUUUGCACUAUUCAGUGUGUUGUAAAUAAUUUUCUAUCAAUUGUUCAUGUCCUUAAUUCGAAUGGUCCUAUAAAUAUAUUUAUUUGCAUUCUGUGUAAUUCAAAGUAGUCUCUGUGAGAUGACUUUGCUAUUCAAAAUAAAUCGAGUAUUGCGAAGU